CCUUUUGCUUUGGAACAUUGUCCUGAUGAAAGGUGAUUUAAAAAACUUGUUAGGUCUGAAGCAAAAUUGUAUCGAAGAUUUUCCAGAACGUGUGUUUUUUUAACACAAACCUUACCAUUGACUCUUGCUCUAAUUCUAAUCACCUGGAACUUUAAAAGGCAACUCUCAACUUAAGAACAUAUUUGUGAACUUAAAAUAGGUGUUUAGAAAUACAGUAUACAAAUACUCUGUAACAGAAUCUAAAUGAUCUGAAGUCCUUCAGGAUUAACAGGUGCCAGCAAUCAGCGGUUUAAAAUCGUGAUAAUCUGAUCUAGCCAAACCAAUCCAUGCUUCGGAUAAAUAAGUGAAGAAUAAAAGACAAAAAGCUGCUGUAGUUUUGCAAAAAAAAAAAAACAUGGUCAUUUACCGACAUCUAGCAGCUAAAAGCAGUAUAGCAAGUAAAGAGCGAUUGCGUAGCACCUUUCUUUUUUUUCCUUCGAGUGACAUGGAGACAGAGAGCCUUGGUGUUUCGGCUCUCAGCCUCGCCGACGAGUGUUGCAGUACCGAGGAAGACUUGGUUAAAUUAACUACAACAUCUGAAGAAGUGGAGAAAGAAAAGAACUCAGGUGGUUUUGAAGAUCUACUGGAACUGCCGGUUGAAAGUCCCGAGCGGAGACCCACGUGUUUACGGUGCAGCCGCCCCCAGAAGGUCUGCCUGUGCCCCUUCCUCCCAGUCCACCCUUUGGAAGUCUCCACAUGUUUGUAUAUUGUUCAGCAUCCAGCUGAGGAGAGUCGAGUACUGCGUACCGUUCCUCUUUUGGCUGCCUGUCUUCCUCCUGGAAAAUGUAAAGUUUUAAUUGGAAGAAGAUUUAAUGAGGAAAGAUAUCCUGAACUGGCCUCUGUGUGUCAAACUCCCGGCACUCUGAUUCUGUAUCCUGGGUCUGAUGCAGAAAACCUAGAAGAGCUGGAUUUGAAUUCUUCUUCUGCUGCUUACAACAUCAUAAUUAUAGAUGGUACCUGGAGCCAGGCCAAGGAUAUGUUCUACAGGAACUCAUUGUUCCGCUUGCCAAAGCAGGUGCAGUUGAAAACUACCCUUUCAAGUCAGUAUGUAAUCCGUACUCAACCAACCAAUACUUGUCUCUCAACACUGGAAUGUGCUGCCAUUGCUCUUUCAAUCAUGGAGAAGAAUGACUCAAUACAAGAGGUUAUUCUGCGUCCUCUUAAGGCUCUGUGCUCCUUUCAGCUUGAGCACGGUGCACAGGUUCACCACAGCAAGGAACAUCUUCUCAAAAAUGGAUUGUAUGACAAACCUAUGCCAAAGAACAAACGUAAAUUGAAACGAAUGGAGCGUCUGGUCAGCAAUGAAAAAAUCUAACCAUUAUCAAUGCUCAUUGUUUUCUUUUAGAGUACACAGUGUAUUACUAAGUUAUUAGAAUCAAUAAAGAUAUAAUUAGCCAAGAACUGAUUAUCUCUGAUGACUAAUUCAGAGUCAUCUGAUGUUAAAGCAUUUGUUAUAUAAUAUUUACAUGAGUCUAUAGAUGAAAAAGGUGAAGUUCAUGCAGCACAUUUUAUAAUAACUGGAUUAAAUUAAUCAAUUCAUUGGCCGCUCAUUGGAAAACAAUGCCUUUAACCAUAUUAUGGAGAGGCUAGAUACCAUACUUUUUUUACUUUAUAUUGUUCUGAUUUUUUUAAUUAUAUGCAUAAAUACUGGGAAUGUUUAAAUGUUGCUUCUUGUAAACAAAAGUAAACAUUUUGGUUUGAAAAGAAAAAGGUUUCUGAAGCUGGAGAAGUGAGGUUGAGUUUUGAUAAGUGGAUGUAACUUCAACUUAUCUGCCUGAGCUUGGCUUAAAGGCAAUUUCAAUAUGUUUGUAAAUAUCUUAUGUGACCUGAGUGAUAUAAAAAAAACAAAACAAUGAGAAUUACAUUUCAUAAAAUGUAAUUCUCUGGUGACCUGAAUGACAUAUUUUUCAAGAUUGUGUUAUUUGGGAAUGAUUAUUAAACUAUGAGUGUGGUACUUCAA